GCAGGAAUCUUUAGUGCAACAUUCAGGACCAAUCAGAAUCUCGUUUCGCAAUGUCUGGCUCGCCUGAUAGUUGUAGUUGAGGUGGUAUCUAAACGGCAUCCUUCGCCACUUACUUGUUUUUUGUUUCGAAAGAACGCAAAACAACUGCAUACGUACUAAGGGCGCUUCGAAACACCCGUUGAUUAUUUGUACCUAAAAACCACACGACCAUGGCUACUUCCAGCACUUACUGGGCCGCAGGGGCCAGUACGAAGCUGGACGAGAUUCUGAUGAAAGCCAAGCAGGAUUGCGACCUGAUGGAGCAGAAGGCCGAGGAGCAUCGGGCGGUUCUGAACGCAGCCCUAUUCGCCUUUCACGCGGAGAUCGGGCGCGUGAAGAAGGACCGGCGGGGCUUCGAGGACCUGUGCAUCAAGAUCGAGCUAGAGCUCGACAAUGCCAAUGAGCAGCUCAGUUUGCUCGAUCGCGAGGACGCCAAGAUUCAGUACCGCGAGGACCGUAAACAGCUGCUGCGCAUCACGGAGCGCCUGAUUGCCCGGGAGAGCGAAGAGAAGCAAAAGUGGGAGCAGAUGCUGCAGUUUCUGCAGACCAAUUUCGACCUGAGCCCGGCAACGUUGGCGGCCGCAGCGUCAACGGCAUCAAGUGCUCCCUUCAAGAACCACCUCGAGGAGCAAAGUGCCAGGCCAAAGUUGUCCCACGGUGGAACAACCACAGGAGGGCUUGCCGCGACCCCCACCGAUGGACACAACGGCGGUGCAACAUCGCGGCAACCUCUGCACAGUGGAGCAGCCGACGACAUGAACAACGCUUCCAGGACGGGGUUUUCUUCUCUUUUCACUUCCGUCAGCGACGCGGCCAACCGUGCGGGCAGUAUGCUUUCGGAGACCUUGUAUGGGGGCCCUUCGGUGACCGGUUCGGGGGACGGUAGAAGCAAUGUGAACCUCCCAGCAGGUGGUGGGGGGAAUGGCUCUUCGCGUCCCGCAUCUACUACGAGCAGUAGCGCUGCGUCCUCGACGAAAGGACAUCAGCACGCCACGCGCCCGAGAUUGCAGGAAGAGCGGCAAAUAAAUGGCGGCCAGCAGCACGGUAGUAGUUUUUCAAAUCCCACGUCGACGUCUCGAGCGAACAAUGUCGAGAAGCUCCGGUCUUUAGGUGGUGGAGGAGGUGGGCCGACGAGUGCCGGGUCGAUGAAUUCUACCACUUUUACCUCAGCGUCGUCGCCAAACGACAGCGGAAGUGCGUACCCCCCUUUAUUCGGCAGCGCCACGGCUAGUAGAAAUGCAGCAUCCGUGCCGGAGUAUGGCAGCCACCACACGUCGACCAGAGAACAACAAGAGCAAAACGUCGGCCCGGCGUCCGCGUCUGCGUUUGACAACAGGAAUGCGAACGUGCGUGGGGGCUUUAAUCCGCUGCGCAUGACCCCGCCGUCUUCGUCAGGAAGCGGCACGAGCGCCACGAAUAGACGGCUUGCGGCUUUGGAGGCGGACGUGGUCGGGAUUCUAUCGGAGGACCAAAACCUGAAAUCCAGCGCAGUGGGGGCGUUCCAUCACAGUAGGGCAGGGGACCAGCACCUGCUCCAGCAAGAGGCCAAUUUAGACGAGCGCUUCGUGCGGAAGUGCGAAGAAUUUCGAGACGCCGUGCUCAGCCAUCGACCGAGGCCGGGAGGCAGCGGAGGAGCCGCGCAGCAGUUGUAUCCGGGGGAUGGAGGCGAGUCUUUGGCACUGAACCGCCGGAAUUGGCAAAAUCUGUUGCUGCCGCAACUGGAAAGAUCGGUUGACCAAAUGCGCAAUCAGCGCAAAGAGAUGGCGGUCCGCGGCGGGGCCAAACCAGAGGUGCUGCAGCGCGUCGACGCGCAGUUGGAUCGCAGACAGCAGCUGCAAAGGACAUUGAGAAGUUUACUUCUGGCUUAAGAUUUUUACCAUCAAUGACAAGGCUAUCAUGUGUUGAUGAAGAGACUCUCCGUGAAGCUGUACGAUUGGCUCCACCAUUAUUUUCACAUCUUCUCUAUUUGAUGCGAAGUACUAAAUCAGUCGGGUUGGCCGAAUUGUGUGACUUGCGUUCGGCUGAAAAACGCGGCACCAACUUCUCAAUGGUGCGUAUUAUAUCCUGUUCGAGCCAGACGGAACAUUGCCCUUUCUAAUGAAGCAGAAAUCUGUCGACUUUUUUUAUCUCGGUCCUUGUGCGAUGUCGAUGAAACUUGAAACACAAGAAUCACGAAGUCAGUCUUAUUUAGCGAUCGGUUUUGCUGCCUUUUUUGUCCAAUUACACGACUGACUGGCC